AUGCGCACUUCCGCGCACGGGUGGCGGUUGCUCUCGGGCAGCAAGGCCAUCAGCAUCCUCCGCCCCGCCACGCAAAUUUCGAUGUUCGGGCGCGAGGCGCCCAGGGCCUCGACCUGCUGCUGCAGCCUCCCCUCGGGGCGCGCCUCGUUCUCAGGCCCUCUGCGCCUCGCCCGCGUCGUCUUCCAAUCGGCGCUCGCUCACGCCCUCGGGCUCGUCGAACCCCAACUCGGGCGCAGGCGGCGUGCUCUCGUCGCCCAGCCUGUCGUGCUCGAGCCGCCACUGGGCCAAACGGCACGCCUGCGCCUCAGCCGCCCCCGUGUGCGCCCCAUGGUUGGCCGCGCAAACAGCUUCCCACUUGUCGUCCUCGUCCGCCUCCGCAACAUUCGGCACGUCGGCGGCCUCCACCGCCAGGAACACGACGUCGUCGAUGGAGUCGGCCCACCUUGA